UGAAGAAACAUGAAGAUCCUGUCGACAAUUGUGAGAUGUACAUAAUAAGAAAAUGAACAAAUAACGAUAAUCAUACAUAAUGAGUCAAAACGCCUCCAAUGCUACUCUUAAUAUUUCCCUCAUAGGGUCCGUAGACCCUACUCUCGUUUUUGGACCUCAGCGCGAUUCCUUGUACAUAGUUGUACCAAUAACAAUAAUAUAUGCAAUGAUAUUUGUAACAGGGUUAAUAGGAAACAUCUUCACUUGUAUAGUAAUAGUGCGUAAUAAGAGCUUACGCACUGCAACAAAUUAUUACUUGUUUAGUCUAGCUAUAUCUGAUCUGCUUUUACUAGUGAGUGGUAUGCCCCAAGAGGUUUAUUCAAUCUGGUCAAAAUGGCCGUAUAUAUUUGGCCAAUCCUUCUGUGUGAUUCGGGGUCUGGCCGCCGAAACUUCGACCAAUGCGAGUGUUUUAACAAUAACACUGUUCACGACCGAAAGAUACUUGGCAAUAUGUCACCCCUUUGUAUCCCACAAAAUGUCAAAACUAUCGAGGGCUAUAAAACAUGUGAUUCUAUUAUGGAUAGCGUCAUUUAUAUUAGCAUUACCGCAGGCCCUACAAUUCGGUCUGCGGAAUCACCAGGGAGUCAUAAUGUGUCUUCAAACACGUGUGAUAAUUCCUCAUUCUUUUGAAAUUUCCACAUUCUUUUUCUUCUUCACUCCAAUGAUAGCUAUCACAGCUCUCUAUUCUUUGAUAGGAUGUAGAUUGAAACGAUCUCAAGUCGAUAGAAAUAAACAUCAACACCCGAAUUUAGUAAGACAUCUUGCCUCAAUAGACAAAGUUCGGCAGAAAAAUCAUCAAUCAACGAAAAGAGUCAUUAAAAUGUUAGUUGCAGUAGUGGUCGCGUUCUUCGUGUGCUGGGCUCCUUUCCACGCGCAGAGACUGGUCGCUAUAUACGGCACUCGAGAAGACCAUCAUGCUAAGUCACCGAUACUACUCGUCAUCUAUUCUACACUCACGUACAUCUCUGGUGUAUUUUACUACAUGUCUACGUGCAUUAAUCCGAUUUUUUAUCACAUCAUGUCUAACAAAUUUAGAGACGCAUUUAAGCGUAAGCUAAUUUCAACCCAAUAA